CAACCUCCUGUUCUUUUCCCAUAAACGUUUCUCAAAGGUUCUCCCAAGGACAACGGGAGCGGGGGGGAGAUAGCCGUAGAGGCGAAGCAAUCUCUGACUGUUUGCGUCUCCCACCCAAACAUUCAUAUCGCAAUCGAUCCAAUCGAAACCCAGGGUGAAGAACAAGAACAAGAAGAAGAAGAAGAAGAGAGAAAGAAGAAGGGGAGGCAGAGAUGGGAGUGCUGUCCAACAAGAUCGAGAGGGACCAACUCAAGCCUGGCGAUCACAUCUACUCUUGGCGCCUCUCUUACCUCUACGCCCACCACGGAAUAUACGUUGGUGAAGAGAAGGUUAUUCACUUCACUCGAGGGGCAGGACACGAAAUCGGCACAGGGACUGUGUUAGACCGCAUCAUUUUCAGCUCUUCUCCCUCUCCUCCCGUGGGCACGCAAUGCCAGAUAUGUGGAGAUCAGUCGAGACUUGAUGGUGUCAUCGCUUCGUGCAUUGACUGCUUCCUUUCAGGUGGAAACCUCUACCUCUUCGAAUACGGCGUGUCCCCUGCUUUCUACCUUGCUAAAGCUCGAGGAGGGACUUGCACCCUUGCAAAAUCCGACCCCCCUGAAGAUGCGCUUCACCGUGCCUUUUUCCUCCUCCAGAAUGGCUUUGGAGGCUACAACCUUUUCAAGAACAACUGUGAGGACUUUGCUGUCUACUGUAAAACGGGUCUGCUUGUGGUGACGGCAAUUAGCGUAGGCCGAAGUGGGCAAGCAGCAGCUUUUCUGGCAGCUACAAGUGCUAUCAUGUCCUCUCCGCUUAGAUUUUUGACGACCAGUUUUAGCGGUCUGGCAGCUGUGAGUUGUGGCAUGUAUUGCAUCAGUCGUUUGGUCUCGGACAUUGGGGUCCGCCGUGAUGUGGUUAAAGUACCCGUAGAAAGACUUGUGGAUCAAUCUGAUUUGUGUGAUCCCCAAGCUGCUGUGGAUAGUCCCGCUCCCAGUUGCAUUGCCACUGCCAAGAAUGACUAGCGACAGGACGCCCCAAUUUGCUGGCAGUCUCCACCAGAACUUUGCCUGACUGUUGAGAUGAAAAUACCGUGUAAAAUCUACUUUUUAUCCUUUUGUUGGAUGUUGCUUCUGCAAAUUAUACCCGGUAGAAGUUUUUUAUACUCUUCAAACUGCAGCAUUGUCGGAUUUGGCCUUAGAGGUCCUUGUAAUGCUUGGUGUAGUCUUGUUUCUUUUUGUGCGAACGCACUGAUCUGAUUAGCUUUGAACAGGAUAUUUGCUGUUGAUUGUCACCAUCUCCGUAUAGAAAUAAAGUUGCAAGAGAAAGUGGUUCUGCCGUUAUCUCGAA